ACCGGAGCUGCACUAUGAGCCAGUGACUCACCGCUCUGCCUGCACCCUCGUACUGAGCCACCUCCAUUAUUACCAUGGAAACCCCAUCCCAGAAACGCAGUAGCCGCAGCGCUGUAUCCCCAGCCCGCAUCACCCGGUUGCAGGAGAAGGAGGACCUGUGCAACCUCAACGACCGGCUAGCUGUCUACAUUGAUAAGGUGCGCUCUCUGGAGGCUGAGAAUGCUGGACUGCGGCUGCGCAUCACCGAGUCCGAAUCCUCCGUCUCCCGCGACCUGUCAGGCAUGAAGGCAGCGUACGAAACUGAGCUCGCCGAUGCCCGCAAGACCCUCGACCAGGUUGCCAAGGAGCGUGCACGACUGCAGCUGGAACUGGGCAAGAUCAGGGAGGAGCACAAGGAGCUGAAAGCCAGGAACAGUAAGAAGGAGGCGGACCUGGAGGCGGCUCUGGUCCGGCUCAGGGACCUGGAGGCCCUGCUCAACUCCAAAGAUGCCUCCCUCACCACUGCUUUGGGGGAAAAGAGAGCCCUGGAGGCUGAGGUGAAGGACCUGAAAGCCCAGAUGGCCAAGUUGGAUGUUAGCCUGGCUGAUGCUAAGAGGCAGCUGCAGGAUGAGAUGCUGAGGAGGGUGGACGCUGAGAACCGCCUACAGACCGUGAAGGAGGAGCUGGAGUUCCAGAAGAACAUCUACAAUGAGGAGCUGCGUGAGGCCAGCCGCCGUCAUGAGUCCCGCAUGGUGGAGAUCGACAGCGGACGACAGCAGGAGUUUGAGAGCAAACUGGCCGACGCUUUGGCUGAACUUAGAGCUCAGCACGAGGAGCAAGUCCGCCUCUACAAGGAGGAAGUGGAAAGGACCUACAACUCCAAGCUGGAGAAUGCCCGUCAGUCAGCGGACAGGAACAGCCACUUGGUCGGCGCCGCCCACGAGGAGCUGCAGCAGACCCGUGUCCGACUGGAGGGCAUGUCGGGCCAGCUCACCCUCCUGCAGAAACAGUUGUCACAAAGCGAGGCCAAGGUUCGGGAGCUGGAGGAGGCUCUGGGUCGAGAACGGGACGUGAUGCGGAGGCGUAUGGAGGAUAAGGAGCGUGAGAUGGCUGAAAUUCGAGCCCGGAUGCAGCAGCAGCUGGAUGAGUAUCAGGAGCUGCUGGAUAUCAAGUUGGCCCUGGACAUGGAGAUCAACGCUUACAGGAAGCUUCUGGAGGGAGAGGAGGAGAGGUUGCGUCUGUCACCCGGGAGUUCAGCCACCAAGGUGACGGUGACGCGCACCUCGGGCUCAGGCCACACCCAUGCCAGUCGCCUGCUGUACUCUGGCGCCACAGCCUCCAGCAGCCGCAACUCCUCCGGCAGCCACAGCACUAAGAAGCGCCGCCUCAAUGACAAUGACAGCGAGACUUCCAGCAUGGGGGGAGCCUUGGUGACUAAAACCCGCAUCAGUCAGCAGGCCUCUGCCAGCGGCCGCGUCACAGUGGACGAGGUUGACCUGGAGGGCAAAUACAUCCGGCUCAGCAACAAGGCCGAUGAGGACCAGUCUCUGGGGAACUGGCAGGUGAAGAGACAAGUGGGCACUGGUAGCCCCAUCGUCUACAAGUUUCCUCACAAGUUUGUGCUGAAGGCUGGAGCCUCUGUCACUAUCUGGGCUGCAGGUGGAGGUGGAACCCACAACCCCCCCACAGAGCUGGUAUGGAAGACCCAGGACUCCUGGGGCACUGGAGACCUUCUGCAGACCAUGCUGGUCAACACCAGCGGAGAGGAAAUGGCCAUGAGGAAAGUGACUCGCACACUGUUCCAGGAUGAGGACGACGAUGACACGGGAGCCCACAGUACCAGCGGUGCAGAGAACGAGUACAACCUGCGCAGCCGUACGGUCAUCUGCGACUCAUGCGGUCAGCCAUCUGAUCGCUCUGGCGUGUGCAGCAGCGGCGGUCUGUCUGAAGGCCUCAUUGGACAUUCCUUCAUCAUGGGCACCAACCAGCCCAGACAGGGCCGUGUGAAGCCGGAGAACUGCACCGUCAUGUAAAACCAGACGACACCUCAUCUGAAGUUCCAAUCUCCUGCAGCCCCACAGACAAGAAUAACUCUGCCUCUGGGACAUCUGCCUUUAUUAUUGUUUGAUUUGUUUUUAUUUUUGUUUUUUUUUUUUUUUUUGUUUUUUAUACAAUCAUCUUCUUUUGUACUCUGAUUAAUCUGCAGGUUAGAUUUGCUUCCAGGUUUUUGGUAAAAGGGCGGAGGAUUUUUAUAGUCGGCUUCAGGUUUUGUGUAUUCAUGUUAUGUUAUUGCAUGUGUGCUGUGCUUACGCUCAUAAUGUACGCUUUGCUCACACACACACACACACACACACACACACACACACAUACAUACACAUAGCUCAAUUGACCAGUACUUCAGACUGAGCCGGGGUUUCACGUUUAAUGGCCAGGCUGUCAACACUCAACGCGCACAGCUAGUGAACCCUGUCAGGAAUCAGCGUGGGCGGCGGCAAACAGGAGAACUCGUCCUGCAGGGUUUGGAUAAUCAUGUAGAUCAGGUUCCCAUGCACUAGAUCAAACCUUCAUCACAAUGUCAGUAAUGUUUACUAAUACUAUUGUGUCUGCAUUUAUAAGCAGUAUUUGUUGCAGAGGAAGAAUAAGAACGUGUUUAUGUUUUCAGAGAAAGCCAUGGUACUGUUCUAGGUUUAAUAAGCUCAGGUUCUGUCUGGUGUCGUCACCUUCAGCCUUAAAGAAUGGGUCUGUUUUCUCUGUGGCCUCUGAAUGUGGGCAGCUCGAGAGCUCAAAGAUAAAGUGAUUAUCUGAGAUGGAAAUAUUUUUUCUUCAUUUAACAAAUGAAUGAUAUUCAUGGGAAUAAGGGAUUGAUAUUUUAGAUGGAUAGAUGUAGUGUAUGUAUGAUUUUUCCAAAGAUACAGAAGGAAUAUGUGGAAUAUAUUUUCUACCAGGGGACAUACGAGGAAUAUUUUCUAUCUGGUGUUUAAGAGGAUUUACUGACAAAUUCUAUUAUAUUACAAAAAUGCUGGUGCCAAAAGAUUGAUAUGUGUAAAAUUCCAGAUACAUGAGGUUUAGAAACAUUUUUGUGGUGUAAUGCGUGAAGGACAUUUCAGUUUUAAUGUUAAUUUACAGGAAUGUCUGUGAAACCUAUGGAGUGUUUUUGUAAAUGUAUGGACAUGGAAUUCUAUUAUAACACACAUGCAUGAACUUUACGGAAUACACAACAAAAAUGUUCCAAAACCAUAUGGAUGUCAUGGUAGAGUCUGCCGUCUGAAUGUUUAACCGUUUUCUAAAGAUGUUUUGCCAAGAUGAUGAAGCAGGAACAUGUAUAAUUAACUGUCUACCUGGAGGCACAUCAGGAAUUUUUGACAUCUUUUGAGGAUUUACUGACAAACACUGUCGUACAACAACAGUCGGUGCCAAAAAUCACUAUAUAAAUAUAUAUAUAUUUGUAGUAUUUCAGUCUUAACAUUAUUCUAUUAGAUAUGUAUCUGAGCAGUUUAUUUUUGGUGGCAUUUUAAGUCAUUUUUCUACACAUGAACGGCGCUAAUGUGCCGUCACAGAAGAGAAACACUGUACAGUCCUCUGGUCUUUGCUCACAUGCCUCACAUCAUAGUCUUGUGACUGUCAGUCUUCCACUAGUUGGUGUUGGUCCAAAAAAAAAAAAAAAAAAAAAUACUGGUCAUAAGGGCUUUUUUUUUCUUGCCACUAAGCGUACUGGCUUUGCAAAUCCCCAGACCUGCUUUACGGAUCCUGUGGGUGUAUGUAAACUGCACCAGGGCUUUGCCACUUAUGCACAGCAGGUAGAUUUAUGCUGUAGUUGGGCAGCUUCAUUCAUUUAUACUCAAGAGAAAAGCAUAUCAAUACAUCUACGGAGAAUACUUGAUAGUUGUUUUUUGGUAUUUUUGUGAGUAAAACAUAGUGAGAAUUAUUUUUUUUUCUUCUUUUGCCAAAUUAACCUCUUUUGCCUUAAGUCGAUAAGAACUUUGACAUUUUGACCCAAGUGCCUUAAGCUACAUGACAAUCAGCAGUUGGCUUUGCAGGCUCUAAACAUCCCAAAGACGCUUGGUGUUUGGUCUUAUUAUGAGAUGGAUUUGUAACUGAUAAGUAUUUGAUCGUAUGUAAAUUAGUGUCUGGACUAAAAGCACACAUUCGUCUCAGUCAGAACAACAGAUAUAAUAAUGAUGAUGGGGUUUCUGGCCUUCCUGACAGAGUAUCAAUUGCGAUUGUCUCCCAACACUUUAACAUGUUGUUGUCAUAUUAUUAUUGUCAUUCUUUAAAAUCGUUGUAGUCUUUUUAAAGGUUCAGUGUUGAGGUGAUGAAGAUAUUCUCCUCUUCACUUCUGUCAUCUGAAGCACUCUAAAGGCCGGUGUAAACCCUCAGCACCAUUUAAGGCACUUACUUGAACAUAACUGAAAGGGAUUUGUCGCAGUGAGACGGUAAAAGCAAACCUGUAAUUAGUUUGAAGUGGGAUUUAUGUUCUGCUCAUGUACCAGUGCUGUUAAUGAACAGUUCAGAAAAGCCAUGCAAUCAGACAAUGGAAUGAACGUCUUUGUGUUGCUUUUCUUUUUCUAAAAUAACGCUAAGUAAAAAGUCUUUUCUCACAA